GGGGGCCGGGAGGCAAGGCACUCCGGCUCCUGGGGAUCCCCCGAGGCCGCUCAUCCCAGCCCCACCCCCUCCGUGGUCCCGGCCCAGCCCACCCCAGCUCAGUCUGUCAGCCGGCAUAGGCUAAUCCUAGCUGAUCACUGCUUGCAGGCAAGGCGGACCUCGAGUCGGACCUGUCGCCCCCACCGUCCGGGCCUGGGUGUUCCCCCCGCCCACGCCUCCCGCCGGUCGCUACCACCCUUAGCUUCUCAGGCUGAGCUCGGCGCCCCGGAGAGGAUUAAAACCCAGGGAGGCAGGGGUCUCCUGUUACCAAUUUGGCUGAGCCCGUGGUCACCACGGAGGUGGGAACUACAGCCUUGGACAUUCCUAACGCCGGAAGUCAGUGGGCAGGUUGACUGAGCGCUGACGGUCUCCCAGCACCAGCAUGAACUCCAGGGGCCCAGCUACUCCAAGCUGGUUCAGCAGCCACCUGCCCACCACUGAGACUGACUUGGAGCCUGCCACUGAAGGGUCUACCACAGAGACCACCUCCCUCAGCCCAGAAACCACAAGCUUCAAUGACACCAGAAUCACUGAUAUGUCAGGUGGUGCAGCUGGCGUGGGUACCAUGCUUCUGUCUUUUGGGAUCAUCACAGUGAUUGGCCUGGCUGUGGCCAUGGUUUUAUACAUCAGGAAGAAGAAGAGGCUGGAGAAGCUACGUCACCAGCUCAUGCCUAUGUACAACUUUGACCCCACGGAGGAGCAAGACGAACUGGAGCAGGAGCUACUGGAACAUGGGCGAGAUGCUGCCUCCAUGCAGGCUGCUGCCUCCCUGCAGGCCACACAGGGCAAGAGCACCCUCCCUUCCCAGGGCCCACUGCAGAGGCCUAGCAGGCUGGUGUUUACUGACGUAGCUAAUGCCAUCCACGCGUGAGAGGCCUGAAAACAGGCCUGGACCUCUGACAAAGACACCUGCCACAGCGCUGGCAGCGCUGCCCACUUCCUGAUGGCCAAAACCUAUUCUCAGGACCCGAGUCAUCACAACCACCAAGACAGGAAAGGGCUGCAACAGACCCCAGCUGUGCUGAGGCUCCACCCACUGACUCUCAAGCUUGAACAGAGAGCGCUGACCAGGCUAGCCAUUUGGCCACUGACUUCCCCUGAACCAACGGCCCUGGCAUGGAAGGUGAAGAGCCACUGCUGGUUUCCUGAUCGCCUCCUAACCUUUCUGAAUCAAGGUCUGCUUCUCUGACGGGGAGGAAGAGCACAAGCUUGAAGGGGAAGGGAGAGGAGAGGCAGGAUCUCCUCCAUCUAGGAUUGCCCUUUUAUUUUUUCGGCCUGGAGCCUCCUCUAGGGUAGAGAAUGACAGGGACAGGGCAGGGCAACACUCUUUUUUUUUUUUUUUCAAGGGAUUGUUUGUUUGUUUGUUGAGACAGGGUUGGCUAGCCAGGAACUCACUCAGUAAACCAGACUGGCCUCCAACUCAUAGAGAUCCACCUGCCUCUACCUCCUGAGUGCUGGGAUUAAGGCAUGCGCCACCAUUUCCAGCUAGAGCAGCACCAUUUAUAGGCCCAAGAGGCCCAGGGACAGAGCUGGAAAUGCCCAGUAAAUGCCAAGGGCUACACAAACUCAGGAGCUAUCCAUAUUUAAGAUAUUGUGGUGAAUGGGUUAGCAUGAGUUCUCCCAGAGGUCUCUGCCAUACCCCUAGCAGCCAAGGUAACUGCUGAGGGAGAGGAAAUUGGGAGACUGGGUAUGGGAAGAUGCAAUUACCCCAGAUGUGGAGAAAGGCUUCAUGCAUGUGUAUGAGUGGGCCACAUACAGAUAUGUAGCUGUUCCAGCAGAAGAGCAUGACAGAGGCUCUCCGCAUUGGUCCCACCUUGCAAGCUGACUCCCACCCCGUGGUGUGUAGUGAAGGACUGCCGCAGGCCACAUCCUCUCCUUCAGUGCUCAGGGCUACACAGCAGAGGGAAACAAGGCUGGGUUCCUCCGUCCACUGUGUUUCCUCGGUGGGCUCCAAAAGCUGGCCUGACCUGUUUCUGGAAAUGGCUCCCUUCCUACAUGGGUUUCUGGGAGAGGGUGUUGGUCUGUCUAAGGGCAGUCACAGGCCAGAAGCUGGUAGGCAAAGUUACGGUUGUCUGAGAAAUGAGUCUGGUUUUAGUUUUUCCCUUCCACCGCUAUCUGCAGGAAGGGCCACUCAGUGUUCGUGGGAUGUGGAAGAGAGUCUCUGCCGUUGGCCCUUCCUUCCUCUAAGGUGCAAGGAUGAUAUCAGGGGCAUCCGGGCAGAGCAGACCAUGGAGCAGUUUUUCUACAGAGACACACGCCUGAGCGUGCACAGAGGCGUGUCCCCAGUGUCUCUGUCCUCGCUGUCCUCUGCUGGUUAGAGGGGAUGCGGGGGUGGCACAUCUACUCUUGGGCAGAUCCCACGUGUCAGGAGGUGAGGGGCUAGGAGGAUCCCACGGGGACAGCUCUGGUUUUAUUCCUGCCUCUAGAUGCUAUAAAUACGUUAGCACUUGAGCAACUGGAAGGCUGUGAGUAAUUUAGGAUGCACAAAGCUGUAAUUUAACUCACAGCAUCUCGGUGUGUGAGAGCAUUAAAGAUGUAAUUAAGAUGUUUACACAAAGAGAAUGGAGUCUGCGACACUUGGGGUGCAAAACCCCGGGAAGGGACACAAUGGGUGAGGUGAGGAUCUGUGGGAGGCCUGGGGACAGUCACUUGGAUCCCAGCUAUGACAUGGCAGGCAGCCCAGCUGGUUUUCUGUGAUCUACCCAUGGAAAUGCCUUGGCGUGGGGCCUCAUGCCUUGACCUGGCCAUGGAGUGACAAUGCCUGUAGAACCUGGAAGGGACACAAUGGGUGAGGUGAGGAUCUGUGGGAGGCCUGGGGACAGUCACUUGGAUCCCAGCUAUGACAUGGCAGGCAGCCCAGCUGGUUUUCUGUGAUCUACCCAUGGAAAUGCCUUGGUGUGGGGCCUCAUGCCUUGACCUGGCCAUGGAGUGACAAUGCCUGUAGAACCUGGGGGGUGGAGAGAUCCAGUGGACAGAAUCUUGUGAGAUCAGGUCAGGAAGAGGGCUUGAUCCCCAAAGACUGUGGGGUGGCAUACCUUGUCUCAGAAUCCACAGGAGCUAUGUCUGAAACACAAAAGUAAAACGGCUUCUUGUGGAGCACAAAGUACAGGGUAUGUGGCAUGGAAUGGGGAGUCAAUAAGGUUACAUGUAUGGGACACACAUGUUGGGCUCAGAAAGACUUAGAGUAGAGUGGCAAUAGGGUGAACAGUUUGCCCAGGAAUGCCCCAGUGUCCGUGAUGAAAGUUUCCAUGAGAAAGAGCUGAGUCUCAGACUAGCAUGAUGGACACAUGGAGGGGCUCAGCCUCCAGAUUUCAUGAUGGGGUGGAGAGCAGGGCUGAAGGUGGAGGCUGUGGGCUAGGACUUUAGGCACACUGGGGACCAUGUACCCCGUGGGCCACCCACGCGGGCUCUAGCUGGACCUGUCAGUGAGAGACUUGCUCUUAGGGAGGGCUCUCCUCUCAGAAGAUGGGCAGGACUUCUAAGGGGCAUGGGGUGAGCAAGUGGGCUGUGUGUUUCCACACUAUCAGCCAACCCCUUGGUUCAGGACUGUGGGUGCUGCAGAUCUCUUGGUAUCCUGAAGACACAGUGCUUGAGGAACAAGGGUGACACCCAGGGAUAACUCGGGCUGUAGGAGAACCUCUGUGCCCUUCUCUUCUGCUGCAUGACCCAGGUCUUUUUCGUGAGGGAUGGGCCUGGCUAAGCAAUGGACACAGGUUGCCAUAUCAUGAGUAGCAAGCCACCCACGCUUAGACUGUGUCCUCAUAGUAAACUGUCCCUUCCACCCACGCUGUUUCGUUUUCUGGCUCUUUCUCCUACUCUCUGAGGAAAAUCCAGAUUCCCAAAUUUCUGUGUCUUUCACCGAGUGUAGGGUUGGUAAAUGUUGGGGGGAAAGGUUCUGGUGCCCAAGGGGACUGUCCUUGCUGCCCUCAGUGGUGAGUGGAAUAAGACAGACUUGCCCACUUUUUGCUGUUUCUAAAAUUAACAGUUGGGUCCCUCUGAGGAAGGUGCUCCUUGACAAUCCCCCACCCUCACCCGUCUCAUGCAUGAAGUCUGUCUGUGAAUAGCAACCAGGGCUCGGGUCAGAAGCAGCGGUGCUAGCAGUGGGUGGUUUCAGGGUGGAUGUGGACGGGAGCCUUCAAAGGAGGCCGUCUCUUGUUUAAUAUAGUGAAGUGUCACCUUGGAGGCAAAGUGAAUAAAGUAAUCCCAUUGCCCGGCUGCAGGCAGACAGCGGGGAUGUCUUCAGAAUGGAAAGGAAAACUCAGAAAGUCCGGCCGUGCUCUCACCUUCCUGUAGACUCCUCCCCAGCCCAGCAUCCCGUCAGUGAACCAACCCACACUGUACUUCGUUCUGUAUGGAAGAGAGAGAUGCCAAGUGUGGGAAAAA